AUGUUGAUUAAACGUUUCAAUUUAUUAAAUUUAAAGCAAUUUACUGAAAUUAAUUUAAGCACACGAAGUGUACAAUAUAUACAAGGACAAUCGCCGGAACCGAAAAUAAGGGAAAAUUUCUAUUAUAUAGAUCAUGAGGGAAUGCUCUUUUUGGAUGAUGCCAAAAUGAAGAACUUUACUAGUUGUUUUAAGGAAAAGGAUUUUCUUAAAUUCUUUUUUAGUCGCUUGCGUAUGAAUCAGACUCAACGGUUUCAAAAGGACUUCCCCUACAUAUCGCUGUGUGGACGAGAGCGAAAUUUUAUUCGUUGUGAUGACACGCCAAUUGUCUUUACCGAGCAGUUCACUAAAAAUGGAGACGGAGCGGUAGAAGUCCUUAGCUACGCCCAUAGUGGCCAGGUUUUAACUGCUGAGUUUCAACCUGAAAAACUUUAUAUGCAUCCCCGUACAGGUCGAGUUUACCAUCCAGCUUGGCCUCAAGUCGGUGGCAUUGGCCUUGUACGCUCAAAAUUGGCCAUAGAAUUAAGUCAAUAUUUUGAAUUUUCCAAAGGUCAAGAAUCCCCAACACAUUUUCAUUGGCAAGGCAAGAAAUUAGAACUCCAAAAUAAAUGGGUUGAGGAAAGUAAACGUUUUCCUAUGAAUAAGGAACUUGGCGAAUUUGUAAAAUAAAUUUUAAUAUGAUUAUAA